UCGGGCUCCCCAAACUUUCUUUAUUUAUUUUGCUUCAGUUCGUAAAUAGAGAAUCUAACCCCAAAAUCACCCGCUUCUAUCGCGAUCGAGGAAAAAAAAAAAGAAAAUAAUUUUCCCAUCUCUUCACUUUUAGGGUUUCAUCCAAGAUCUCAAGGUAUAUCUUUGAGAAGUUACAUAUGGCCGGGCAGAGAAAUAACUAUGGCAAGAGGUCUCACUCUCAUGGGGAUUAUUCUGACAAUGGCGGCAACAAGAGAAGGAAUCCUGGUGAUGAUAAGGAGUCAUAUGCUCCUGGCGCUGAAGAUACUGUCUACCGUUAUUUGUGCCCGGGGAGAAAGAUUGGAAGCAUCAUUGGAAGGGGUGGUGAGAUUGUGAAACAGUUGAGAGCCGAUACACAAGCCAAAAUCAGGAUUGGUGAAACUGUACUGGGAUGCGAAGAAAGAGUAAUAUCCAUCUUUAGCUCAGGCAGGGAAACUAAUUCCUUUGAGGAUUCCGAUGUUUGCCCUGCACAGGAAGCUCUAUUUAAGGUUCAUGAGAGGCUUGUUUCAGAGGAGGCAAUGGAUGAAGACAAUGAUGAAGGUGCUGCUCAGGUUACUGCUCGCCUGCUUGUACCAUCCGAUCAGAUCGGGUGCAUUAUUGGAAAAGGCGGGCAGAUAAUUCAAGGCAUCCGUAGUGAUACCGGUGCUCAAAUUCGCAUACUGAAGAAUGACCACCUCCCUGCUUGUGCUAUCAGCAGUGAUGAACUUCUACAGAUCACGGGUGAAGCAUCAGUUGUCAAGAAGGCUCUUUUUCAAGUGUCAUCUCGGCUUCAUGACAAUCCUUCUCGGUCAAAUCACUUGCUUACUUCCAACGUGCCAAGCGCACACCCUUCAGGUGGUCAGUAUGCGGGUCUUGCUGCAGCACCACCAAUUAUGAGCGUGGGUCCGCUUAUGAGUUCACAUGGAGGAGGUUACAAGAGUGACUUUGCUAGUGAUUGGCCACCUUUCUACGCUGGUCCUAGGGAUGAAGCUUCUGCAAAGGAGUUCAGUUUGCGUAUGCUCUGUCCUGCUGUGAACAUUGGAGGUGUUAUUGGUAGGGGCGGAGGUAUCAUCAAACAAAUCAGGCAGGAAUCCGGGGCAUAUAUUAAAGUGGACAGUUCCUCUCCUGAAGAUGCCUGCAUAAUCACAAUAUCAGCUAAAGAGUUUUUUGAAGAUCCAAUCUCCCAAACCAUAGAUGCUGCUGUACGCUUGCAACCUAGGUGCAGUGAGAAAGAGGAGAAAGAGUCUGGUGAAGCUACAUACACUACACGGCUGCUUGUUCCAACAUCCAGGAUUGGUUGCCUGAUUGGUAAAGGUGGGAGUAUCAUCUCAGAAAUGAGGAAGACAACACAUGCAAAUAUCCGCAUACUUGCAAAGGAGCAACUUCCAAAAGUUGCUGCUGAAGAUGACGAGAUGGUUCAGAUCAUUGGAAAUAUUGACGUUGCCAGGACUGCUCUUAUACAAGUAACCACUAGGUUGAAAGCCAAUUGUUUUGAAAGGGAGGGUCUCUUGUCUGCACCUCCAGCCCCUGUACCCUAUCCCCCAAUUUUGAGCGACGACAGGCCUAAGUAUUCAAGUAGAGACAGUUAUGAUAGUAAAUCACAUAGCCGUGGAUAUUCUUCUUAUUCUGGUGGAUAUGGUAGCGCUGAUGCUCUUCCUUCAGAACCCUAUGGAGGGUAUGGUGGUUCCCAUGGCGGUGGUAGUAGUUAUGGCUCAUAUGGUGGGUACUCUGGUCGGUCUGGAAGCGCUGGGUUAUCUGGUUCAAACCCUUCCCACGGAAAACAUCAUGGUUAUUAGUAUCCUAAUGAUUAGGACCAACAGCUUGAGGUCUAUGAAGCCUGGAGACAGCCCAUAAUGAAGCCUCAGCCUAAAACCAGAAGACCAGAUGAUUGCCCGAGAUACUAUUCCCCACCUUCGAAGCUAUGUUUAGGAGGCCAGCAUGCAUGCAAUAGCUAUACUAUCCUCCUGGCCUUCACCUUACCAAACUAUAAUCCCAAGGGCCUGUAUUUCAAGCUCUACCUUGUGUUUUGAAACAUUUUCUACCUUGUGUUUUGAAACAUUUGUAUUAACUGUUGGAUUCCAAGACUAAUUGUACUUUACAUUUGCAGUGAAGAGCUUCUGUCUUGUCUUUAGGUUUUCAGUAAGGUUUUUGUCAGUACCAAUGGUUUUAUGAGUGAGUUUGUGGGUUUUCGACAUUAGGUUCUUGUGCGAACUUUUCGUGACCCAUAUCUGCUUUUUUAAGAGCUUCCGUUGCAAGAUAUUGAUCCAUUGACUAUCCCUGGAACCUCAUAGUGCUGCAAAUAGUUUUGUAAUAAGUAUUGGCUUAUUUUGUCGUGUUCAGGUUAAGUUUUGAUGGCUCUUAGAGGAUAUUGAGUUAAUGCUGUUAGUGCAUAAGCAGUUGUUACUGGUGAUGUUUCUAUCAGCUCAAAGUUCGGAACACUUCCAACGGUUGUUUUACUAUCUUUAGUGAGGCAUGAAAUUGGUAAGUCUCUUUAGUUGUCCAGGUGUUAUCAUUUUGGGCUAUUAUAUGUCUCUGCCUUCGUUCAAAGAAGGUUUUUCUGUGUUUGGUAAGGACAUUGCAUAUUGGUAUUUCCCCUGUUGGCUUAAUUGCAAUUAAAUACCCUUUAGUUUCCCCCUACUUUACACAUAUAUCUCCUCUCUUAAGGACAUUGCAUAUUGGUAUUUCCCCUGUUGGCUUAAUUGCAAUUAAAUACCCUUUAGUUUCCCCCUACUUUACACAUAUAUCUCCUCUCUUGUUUUUGGCAGCCCUUACAUACCUUAAAGUUCUUGAAACUUGCGCUUAUAUACCCUCACUUGUUUUGGCAACACUUAUAUACCCUAAGGUUUUAAAAGGUGUGCUUCAAUACCCUAAUGAAGUUAUUAAAGUCUCCACUUAAAUACUCAGUUAUGCAAACUUGAGGCAUUUAAGUGCAAAGUUUUGAAAAGGAUUAUUAGCUGCAAGUUUUAAAAAAUUUAGGGUAUUUAACUGCAAGUUUUAAAAUUUUUAGGGUAUAUAAGCGCUACCAUAAACAAAUGAGGAUAUAGAAGUGGAAGUUCUAUAUAGUUUAGGUGUAUAAGUGCUGCCAAAAGCAAGUGACGGUAUACAAGUGUAACAUAGUUAAAACUAUAGGGUAUUUAAGUGCAGUUAAGCCUUCUCCAGUUAAUUUGCAUUCUUUUUUGUGGUGCAUGAUAGACUGGUCAAGGAGCACCAAAGUAAUCUGUUUAUUGGAUAUAACCUUUUUUGGCGAUACUAAAUUGAUUGUGUAUAACUAGUUAGGGCUUCGUAUUGGACAUGGUUAUACCACCUUUUUCCUUUUUAUGCUGGUAAAAAGUUUAGAAGCUUUUAUCACCAUCCAUGAUGAACAAAGUCGAGAAGCCCUCAUCUCUUACUCAUGUAUGUAGAGGCUAUACAGGGAAAAUUUCUAACUUGUGAACACCAGGAUCUGUUUUCUUUUGUGUUUUUUGCUUUCUGUACUGAAGCCAACCUAAGCUUCAGGUCAUACAAGUGUUGUUUCUGUAUGCUAUCUACCAGAGGUUGUUUUAUCUCAGACCUAAGUUCAUUUCUGGCUCGCUACACUGUAAAAUGUUGCUGCUAAGCUAGCCCUUGAACCGUUUGCUGCCUUGCCCCUUUUUCGAUAUCAAACCCUUGCAUUAUGUCAGGCCAUUUUUGAUACUAAAUAGGAAGUUGCAUGAAUUUUCCUCUCCUGUUUCAUAUCUCACAGUUUACUUCAGUGCACAUUCCUCACUUUGCAAGUCUAUAUCUCUAGUUAAUAAUCUGUUUUUACAAAGUACCCACAACUGUGGGGUUGUAUCUCACAGUUAUACCUGCUCUUGUUCGGUUUGAGUGUCUCACAGUUAUACCUGCUUUUGUUCUGUUUGAGUUUAAAAUGUCUUAGAGUUAGAAAAUAGUGUAUAUUCUUGAAGCUUUUCCACUUAGAGCAAUUUCUUUAGUUGUGUAUAAAUUCUUAUGGUUUUAAAUUAUUACAUUAUGUUACAAGGACUUUUGUUAUUCUUAUGACAAACAUGUGAUAGGGGUCUCUCAGGAAGUUCGAAUCCACUGCUUUAUGUAUUUUUAUCAUGAACCUACACAUAGUUUUGAAAAACUAGCAUAGAUUUUACAUCAUAUUUAUCAUGAACUUAUGUGAGUUUUCUCUUCUUACGUUUCAAUAAUGUCACACAAACAUUUUAGCUUUAGGUUUGUAGCGGGAUAACUACAGGUAGCUGAGGAUCACAAGGAUCACAUUCUUUGACACUUAAUCCCUAAUCAAUUUAUUAUAAUGUUUGUUUUGGCGAUUUCAUCAUUUUUUCGGAGUUGCAGGUGCAAGACUUGGGCAUUCUUUUUUCGCGUCAGUUGUUACCAACGAUCCCAAGCUUUAUUCAUACUAAUAAAUUUGGCGUCACGCUGAAUGUAUUGCCAUUGCCUUAGCUUUUUACUAACAUUGCAGGUUGAAUUGGCCUAUUUUCUAAGGUCUGAAAUAGAUACAUUUAAUAGUUUUUGUAGACAUGGUGAUAGUUGCCACGUUGGAAUGGUGAAGGCCCUUGUUGCCUAUGUGAUAAGAAUAUUUAAGAAAAUUCUUUU